UUUGUUACAGAGAAGUACAGAGUAUAUGCGAGCGUAUCGUUCGCUGUAUUACUGCUAGGAAUUGGUGUACCUCUCUGGUGGCAUACUACAACAGUACCUCGCGUUACACUUCCUUAUAUCGGAAUUGAUGAAUUGUCGAAACUGGAUAUCAGAAUCACUACAAAGAUUAUUGUCGCAGCACUCUCACACAAUCGCGCCGAGUUGAUCGCACGUGAGAUCAGACGUACGUUCGAAAACGCUGAAAUAUACCAGCUGAACGUAGAAUAUCAGAUAAUUUCUAAUAAUCUUUUGGCGUCCGUUUUCACAUACCACGAACUCGAAAAGGUGGCUUCGACUUUCGAUUUAAAUGUGGGUGAUUUGCUACUACUCGAAGCGACAAAUUUGAACGACGCUGUUCUAGUUGGCUCCAAGAGAACACUGUAUUUCUCCACCGAAACUAAUAUAUCUAAAUUGAUACAAGUAUUGUCAGAAUGGAUUCUACGUGAUAAAUCAUUAGCGCUAACAAAAAAUGCGCUCGCGGAACCUACCAUGUAUAGUUUAGAUGAGGAGAAUAGAAGACGAUUCCCAGCUAGUUUGGCAUAUGAUGUUCUAGUUACCUUGGUUAAUCCUGACCCUGAAAAACUAAAGAUUAUUUGGGACCUUAAGACGGUAACCGAAGAAUAUGUGCAACCAUUUCUAGACGAGCUGUCCAUCUUAAGUAACUUUUCGAUCAAAUCGCAGUGGCUGUAUUUAUUACCAUUAGAUAUGAAUCCCAGACGUGUACCCGACAGUAGCCCAAGCCGUAGGCACUUUGCCUUGCGCGAGAGUGUCCUGCCACAACUUGUAACACCGUUAGAAAAAAAAUUAGCGUCGCAGGUUAGUCUCCAUCCAUGUAUCAAUUUAGUCGUUUAUAUGGUACCGUGUGAUAAUGCACCUUUACAUAUCUACACCCGCAGCGGACACAGAUCGCGAACAGAUAGCAAUGUGGAAGCCUUUCUGUCUCCAAGAUGGGGUGGCGUGAUUUUGAUUAAUCCAUCAUCAGAGGUUUGUGAAAGCGUGCGAAAGGAUGAAGCCGUUACUGUCGUUCCCGAAGAAACUGCUAUAGUAGGCACAUUCCUGGCACAACUCAGACUUCUACUAGGCAUUCCAGAAAUGAAAUCUCUUAACGGAGUGACGACGGUGCCAUUGGUUGGGUUAAAAUCACGUGAUUGGGAAAUUGAUUCCUUAUUAAGAUACCGCACAAUUGAGCAGUUAACUUCGGCCAAAUUAACUUUACAGUCACUGGCGCGAUUACUCAAAGAAAUUAGCAAUAUUGUUAUCACGGAUGUAGUAGGAAACAGAAUCAAAACUGCUCUUGGGUUAGUGCAUGAGUCUGCUGAACAUCUACGACGAGGCGAUCUUAAACGUAGUUUCAUCCUCAGUAAAGAAGCUUUUAUUAUCUCCGAGGCGGCUUUUUCCGACCCAACACUUUUGGCACUUCUUUAUUUUCCAGAGGAUCAAAAGUACGCCGUAUACAUUCCCCUAUUUUUGCCGGCUAUGAUACCAGUAUUGUUAUCUCUCAAGAAUAUACGAAGGUACUACUUCCCUGAAAAAUAUAACGCAGUAAGAAAAGUCGAUUUUGGAGAAAGUAAAAAUGAUGAGGAUAAUAGACCCAAAGCUGAAUAAGUCAUUUAUCCGAUCGAUAAUAUAUCUGCAGACACUCGUGCGACUGUUCGUUCGAAAUAGUUUCGAUCAAAAGGUAACGUAUAAUAAUAAUUGUAUAAUUUCAUGCGGAGGCUCUUAUCUAAGUUUUUUAUUUACGCUAGUAACGUUAAAUGUAUUUCGAGUAUUUUUAAUAUAAAUUGGAUGUAACAUAUUUAAAUUUAACACACUUAAAAUUCAUUCUGAUGA